CAAGACAUUUCUGUGACCACCGGACCAUCUGUAGCUGGUUCAGCCUUUUCCAGUAUUGGAUCAGAUUUGAGACCAGUGGUGCCCGAUGUAGUUAUAGAAAGUACAAGAAGGACUACAAGAAGACCAAGUUCCCUGAAAUCUCUGAUGUUACAAUGGCAACAGUUAUUCAUCAUCCACUGGCAGAAGAGACUCCCACUGUGGAACAGCCAAUGCCUCCUGAAGGUGAAGUUCAGCCUGUGGUUGCUCCAGGAGAAAUGCCACCACCUCCACCACCGCCUCCAAGACGGCCAAGGCGACGAAAUGUCCCAAGAAUUGUGUACACCGAUGGUGCAGAGUCCCCACGACCCAGAAGACGAAGAAGGCCCAGACCAAUACCAGAGCGUGAGCCUCCUGUCCCUCAAGUUGAUCAGUCCAUGGAAGCUGUCCCCCAACCUCCUUUCUUACAAGACGAUGCUUCCAUGGCAGUUGUCGAAGCUGCAGGUCCUGCUGAGCAACAGAUAAUGAAGACUUCUGAUGCUGAACUAAUUUUAGAAAUGAGAGAUACCAUUCCACCUGAUAUAAUGUCUUCAAAAAUAUGGACUGAGUUACGCGUUAGAGAAGUUUUAAAGGAAAAAGUUAAAAUCAAAGGUAUGGUACUCCGAUUUUCUGACUGUUGUGAAGUGGGAGUCUGUGACAAAAGGUCGGCUGCAAGUUUUUUCAGUGUGCUCUUAUGUCUAUAUGCCAAAAAAGAGAUACAACUAUGGCAGACUGAGUCUAGUGGAGAUCCAACGAAGAUUUUCAUCAAAUUACUUUUAUCAGAUUAACCAUAGCUAUUAUGUUCCUUGAUUUGUUAAAAUGUUAAGUUCUUAAUUAUGUUGGACACUACAUGAACAAUCAAGACGUAAAUAAUUGUAUAGGCAUCAAAAAUAUAUGUAUAUAGUGUGUAUUAUACAGACGUAUAGUGUAUAAUAUAGUAAGUAUAAUUUAUAUAUGUUAUGUAAAUACUAAGUUUGAAAAAUUCAAAGAACCUCAACCAAUAAUUAGAAUCUGAAUUGGAUGCAGAAACGGACUAAGAAUAAUGACCUACAUUUUAUUCCAUUUAAUUCUAUCUAAUUGAAUAUAAUUAUUUGUGGUAUUAGAAAAUACUGGUCAAUAAUGCUUAUAUUUGUUUCUAUUGUUUAAUUACUAAACUUCAAAUGUUAUACAAUGUCAUACAAAAUAGCAUUGAUAAUUUACAAGCAAUAAUGCUGUAGUUUCGUAUGUCAUUGUUUUACACAAUUUUUUAAAUUUUGUUUUAAAAUUUCUCUUAUACUGUACAUAUAUAUUAAUUUUAUGUUCCUUAUGUUUUAGUCAGUUAAUUUUAACUGUAUGUUUUAUGUCUGUUGUUUCUGUUUGUUCAAAUAUUCUUCAGUGUGUUUUUACAUAAUUAAUUAUUUUAAUACUAAACAACAGUUAAAAUGAAUAAUGUUAAUGUUUUAAUAAUGAAUGAUAUAUUGAAAUUAUAUUUCAAUUAACUUACUUAACAAAAAUAAGGUUAUAUUAUCAUGUGUGAUUAUUGCUUCUUGUGUUCCAUUGAAAACAAGCUUUUAAUUACUAAGAAUAAGUACUGUAAUGCUAUUCCUUAGUUCACGAUUUGUGUAUAACACAUGUUUUAUACACGUGUAGUUCAAGUUUUCCCAGUUGCAUUAAAAACAGAAAGAUUUAUAUACAUACAAUUAUUAUAGUUAAAGUUAUAUUGUACAACUAUAUAUUUAUUGGAGUAUUUAUAAAAUAUUUUCGUGAUGUAAAAAUCAUCAUAUUAAUUUACUCAUAGCUUUCUAUUGUCGAAAUACUGUUAUAUUGUUAAUUUGUUUUGUUUGUUAUAAAGUAUAUGUAAUUUGUUAUAAAAAAAUUUUAUUGAAACAUA